GAGGGGUGAGGGGAGAAGGGCAUGGGUAUGCUGAAGUUCCCUACCAGAGUGAGGUUUGUGUGAGAGGCACAACCAGGAAGGAGGGCCUGGCUAAAGGGGCAAAGCCUAAAAUGUCCAAUUUCCUUUCCUGGCAUGAAGCCAGUUCCUUGCUGGAAGUGGAUGAGGGGAAGGAACGAGGGAGAAGAGAAGCUGGCACCCUAUUAGCAGAAGAGCGCCCCUUCUCCACUGCCUCCUACUUCCUGUCCCCUUUCCUCCACUGCCGGGGUAGCCCCUGCCCUCCUUCAACCCAGGGCUCAGCCCCCUAGGAAAGCGUAGACUGGGGUAUUGAGAACUGCCUCCCACACCUGUCUGCUCACCACCCCUAUCUGUGCCCCUAGAGGGGGCCCCGGGGGGACCUCUCGGGCAGUGUGGGGAACGGUGCAAUACAUCAGGAGUUGUUAUUUGCUCCAGAGAUGGCAGGAUGUAGAAAUGGGGGUCCCACUGAGGUGUUGGGGUGCCACCCAGGUGAGGUGUCUUGGUUGUAAACAGUCAUUACAGCCAGGAAUUUCUUUCUCGGCUGUGGUGUCAGAAGGGCAGACCUGAAAAACCUGCUGGGCCCGCCGCCUCUGGGUGUGUGUGGGGGCCCUUUGCAGCUCUCACUGCAGCCCAUCCUCAGAUAGGACAGGGACACAGGGUCACCAGUGGGGAGACCCAGGGGCUGGUUGGGAGUGUGUCGGGGAGGGAGCUGCUGGGAUCCCCUCUUUCUCACCAUCCUUGGGUGGGAACCAGGCUGCCCCAGGCCCCCAGGCCAGUGUGGAGAGGGUAGGCGAGUGGAGGCAGAGGCUUGGGAGCGGGUGUGAGAGUGUGGGGGUGUGGGGCGUUGACCUGUGUCUAACCUGCCUGAUGACCCCAUGACUCAGGCCCUAGCUAUGUCCCUGAGGUCAGGCUGACAGGGUGUGGAGUCGGGGUUCCUGUCUGGACCCCAUGUGGACUUCCAGGAUGCCACAAACUCUAUAAGCUCCCAGGGAAAGAAGGCUGAGGGAGAUGGAAGGAAGAUGAAGCAGCCCAGUGUGGGAUGGAGGAGUGAUCCUGGUGAAUGGGCCCAUUGGGGAGGAGUUGAGGCUCCUGUUGGGGUUAAGGAAGGUUUAGGGGAGCCUUCCUCGAACCCAAAUGGGAGCUGAGGAAGAAGGAACCCCUGGAGCCAAGGAGCAGAGGAAUCUAAGCUGGGACCUCAAGGAAAGCCUGCCAUGCCAGGCAGUGUCAGCCCUUGGAAGCUGACUGCUGCCUAGGGGUGCAAAAUAGCUUUAGGGACUGACCCCACCCCUGAUUUUGAGGAUUAGGAACCCCUGCUUUGUUGGAGGGGCAUAGACCCCAAGAGGUGGGUGAGAGGCCUGCUGAGAAACUGCUGGCACCCUAUUAGCAGCUUGGCCAUGUACUCCAAGAUACACAUACAGAAGGGGCUUGAACCCACCCCACCAAGGGUGCCUGGGUCUUCUCCACACCUGGCCACCACGUAAGGACAAGCUGGGGAUUGCGGAGGCAGGUAGAGAUGGAACCUCUAUAGCCUCAGGAGGUCCCCCCAGUCGCCUGCUGCCGAGGUCAGACCAGGUGGUGGGAGGUGAUGUCACCUAGCUACCCAGCUGGGGACUGAGCAGGCUGUGGGAGGGAGGGAGCAAACUCCAAAGGAAGGGAUGAGGACAGGGCUGGCAACCAGCCAAGGCCAGCUCUAUGGUCAACCAGGAUGUCUGGGGCUGAGAAGGAGGCAGUCGCUUGUUAUCUGCAGCUGUGGACUUUGCCACUCCCAGUCCUGGCAGGGUGACUUCCCUAUGCCUCUGCGGGACAGGCUGGCAUGCUGGGUGGGGCUGGAUGGGUCCUGAGGCCAAGUGAACGCUUUUGCUGCUGCACCAGGGCCACAGGGCGGAGUUUGGACAAGGAGUUGGCAGUCAUUCUUUUAUUCACCCAGCAGACACCCCCUUGAGCACUUGCUGUGUGCCCGGAAGUAUUCUGAAUGCCAGAGUUACUGAUAACAUUUUCUGUUCUCAUAAAGGUACAAGGGAGGCAUAGUCUUGACAUAGUGUGGGGCCCACCUCUGGAAAUCACACUGAAGCCCCAGAAUAUAAGAGAGAACCAGGGGCUGGAGUGGCCGGAGGGGAAAGUGCACUCCAGACAGCAGCCGCAGCCUGCGCAAAGGCCUGGAACCCUGAUGGGCUGAGAGGUUAUGAGGGAUUCGUGAGGUUCAGCACCUCUGGGGAGGGAGAGUGUUGGACCAGAGGGUGGGCCUGGCUACAUCCUUAGCUGUAGGCAGAUUGUUUCAUCUCUUUGUGUCUUACUCGUAUGUCUAAAAUGGAGGUAAUAAUGGUCACAGAAACUGCCAUCGCAGGGUGGCUGUGAGGAUUAAAUGUGACAUAUAAGGUAACUGUUCUAGGCACCCAGAUGGUUAAUAAAGCCCCACUGUUGUUCUAGUUGGUUGCAUCUGUACUGUUAAUUCUCCUUUCCCAGGCAAGACUCCUGACGGUGGCCCAUGGGCCUCUGAGGAGGUGUUGUAAGUCCGCCCAGCUCCCCACUUGCUGUGCUCCCACUCAAUGGGAAGGGAACCAAGGUACCCGGGCCUUGACAUUGGCACAGAUUCUGAGAGGGCCUUGUCCAGCCAUCAGUCACGGCAUCCUGACAGCUUCAGGAUGGAAGUCAAAGGUCAGCUGAUCAGCUCUCCCACCUUCAACGCCUCAGCUGCCCUGUUUGGAGAGGCUGCCCCCCAGAUGAAGUCAGAACGUCUACGGAGUCUACUCGACCGGCAGCGGGCCCUGCAGGAGGCCCUGAGCCUGAAACUUCAGGAGCUGAGGAAAGUGUGUCUCCAGGAGGCGGAGCUGACUGGCCAGUUGCCUCCCGAGUGCCCACUGGAGCCUGGUGAACGACCCCAGUUGGUCCGCCGGCGUCCCCCUGCAGCCCGCGCCUACCCUCCACCGCACCCCAACCCAGCACACCACUCCAUGUGCCCCACCGAGGAGCUGGCGCUUGAGGCCCUGGAGCGAGAGGUGUCUGUGCAACAGCAGAUCGCCGCAGCUGCCCGCCGCCUGGCCUUGGCCCCCGAGCUCAGUGCUGAGCAGCGCCGGCGCCGGCGCCAAGUCCAGGCAGAUGCCCUUCGGAGGUUGCACGAGCUGGAGGAGCAGCUUGGGGAGGUCCGGGCCCGCCUUGGCCUCUCGGGGGUCCCGCCAUCUCAGCCCCUGCCCCUGUCCACCGGAGGAGCCGUUAUCACUGCCCAGGGAGUCUGCCUGGGCACGCGCCUCGCUCAGCUCAGCCAUGAGGAUGUGGUUCUGCACUCAGAGAGCAGCUCCCUCUCAGAGUCUGGGGCCAGCCACGAUAAUGAGGAGCCCCGUGGCUGCUUCCCUCUGGCUGAGCGCCCCUCACCGCCCAAGGCCUGGGACCAGCUGCGGGCAGUCUCUGGGGGCAGCCCUGAGCGGCGAACCCCAUGGAAACCACCCCCAUCAGAUCUUUAUGGGGAUCUGAAGGGCCGGCGAAACUCUGUGGCCAGCCCCACCAGCCCUACACGCUCACUGCCCAGGAGUGCCUCCAGUUUUGAGGGGCGAAGUGUGCCUGCUACUCCUGUCCUCACCCGGGGCGCUGGCCCCCAGCUCUGCAAACCCGAAGGCCUCCAUUCUCGCCAGUGGUCCAGCAGCCAGGACUCCCAGAUGGGCUUCCCACGGGUGGACCCUGUCUCCGACCGCACCUCCCUCUUCGCAGCUCGCACCCGCCGCAGCAAUAGCUCCGAGGCCCUGUUGGUGGACCGGGCAGCGGGUGGGGGAGCUGGGUCCCCGCCCGCACCUCUGGUUCCCCCUGCCACCGGUCCCCCAGUCUGCAAGAGCAGUGAGGUGCUAUAUGAGCGCCCCCAGCCAACCCCUGCCUUCUCCUCCCGCACGGCUGGCCUCCCAGACCCUCCCCGGGCUGCCCGGCCCAGCUCAGCCGCACCGGCCUCCCGCGGGCCCCCCCGGCUCCCACCCGUGUGUGGGGACUUCCUCUUGGACUAUUCCCUGGACCGGGGCCUGCCCCGUGGGGGCAGCGGGACAGGCUGGGGGGAGCUGUUGCCGGCAGCUGAGGUUCCAGGACCCCUCUCCCGCCGCGAUGGGCUUGUCGCCAUGCUCCCAGGCCCACCGCCUGUGUAUGCAGCUGACGGCAGCAGCCCCCUCCUCCGCAGCAAGGACCCCCAUAGCCGUGCCCCCCGCACCAAGCCCUGUGGUCUGCCCCUGGAGGCCGCUGAGGGCCUGGAGGCGCAUCCCAACCCUCUACUGUGGAUGCCCCCACCCGCCCGUAUCCCCUCGGCCGGUGAGCGCAGCGGCCACAAGAACCUUGCCCUGGAGGGGCUGCGGGACUGGUACAUCCGGAACUCGGGACUGGCCUCGGGGCCCCAGCGCCGGCCUGGGCUCCCUCACAUGGGCCCGCAGCACCCGCCCUUCCUUCAUGCCCGCUGCUAUGAGGUGGGCCAGGCACUGUACGGGGCCCCCAGCCAGGCGCCGCUCCCACACUCGAGGAGUUUCACGGCGCCCCCUGUCUCCGGCAGAUACUACGCGGAUUUCCUGUACCCCCCGGAGCUGAGCGCUCGUUUAAGUGACCUGACGCUAGAGGGGGAGCAGUCCUCCGGUUCUGACCCCCAGACCCCGGGAACACUGGUCUGACCCCUUCUGACAUGCCCCUUAUUGGCCUGGGCAAGACUCCAGUUGGGGAGUGCACAGCUGACCUCGCUGAGCCCUGGGAUAGGGUUGCUGUCACACCUGGUGGUGUCACAACCUGAUCAUCCAAGGCCCCUGGCUCCCCGUGGGCCCAUAAAGGUGUCUGACACCCUGCAUCUCCUUUCAUGCUGUGCUGGGGACUGGGGGCCUUCUGCCAGCUUUAAAGAGAGGAGGUGAUGUAAUGGAGACUCCAAGCCCCUUCCUCCAUUUCUGUUUACAGUUGUGAUUUAGGUAUUCACUGUCCUCCCCCAACGCUAGACAUUUUAUAAAAAGGGAAACUGUGAUCUCAUCCUGGUUGGGUUCAUUCCUGUUCCUGUGCCCAGCCUGCUCCAUUCAGGAACCCCCUCCACAAAAUGGACCAGAUAGGGUCUUGGGGCCCAAUUUAGGGCAGUCAGGAGACUGAUGUGAACGGAACUCCCUGCCAUCCAUCCACUGGGACAAUUUUUUCUUGGCAGAGGUGCCCACAUUUGGAAGGAAUGAAGUCUCUGCCCACAUGUGGAAGGACUGAAGUCUGGGUGGGAGGCUUGGGUUCAUUUUCCCUUCCCCAGGGGUGCCUGAAGGUGCCCCAGACCCUGUCUGUCUGUGCCCGCUGUCUCUGCCCACAGAAUCAGAUGGCUCAGCCUUUGGUGGCAGCCUCUGCCCUCUUCCCAAUCAGGAAGCCCCACAGGAGGACCAAAGGGCAGAGCCAUUGGGUGUUUUGUGUCCUGGAAUGCUGCGGUGGUGGAACCUAGCAUCUGGUAGAUGCCAAUGAAAUCCUCAAGUGACGUCUUGCCACUGGCUCCAUCGCAUCUUCUUGGCUUUCCUUCCAUCCACCACUUUUUAAAAAAAAUUCCACACAAGCUGUGUUUUCUAUGAUACCUUUCUGUGACUUUCUGAAGCUGGGGGUUCCUCUACCCCCUUUACCUGGUGUGAAAACUUUUCUUUUUGUACCAAUGGAUCUGGACCCAAAACACUACCACAUUGGAAGGGGAUUUCUAUAAUAAAUGUGUAAACUGAACCCA